UGCACUGACAAAUCUAUUCGUACAAAUAUCUUGUAUCUCAGGUCGUUUGACAUUCGCUCCAGAGCAAAUGGUUCGAGUCGGACGGGUCAGUAGAUCGCGGCGGUUUUUCUCCUUACUCUACAUAUCUGAAGAGAUUCAGUCCAUCGUGUGUGAAUAACCCCAUUAUUACCGUUCGCCGCUUGUAGAAUUACUUGAAAUCGUGUUAUUCACUGUGAAAUUGUGUGCGAGUUGUCUUCGUGCUUGUUCUGCGAAUCUCAUUAAAGUGUAAACAGGAAGGGGGAAACAUGGUCAUCUCGAAGAUUUGCUGUAUCGGAGCUGGCUACGUUGGGGGCCCGACGUGCAGCGUGAUGGCUCUCAAAUGCCCGAACAUUUGUGUGACGGUCGUCGACCGCAGUGCGGAACGGAUUGCACAAUGGAAUUCCGAUAAACUGCCAAUUUAUGAGCCGGGUUUAGAUGAUGUUGUAAAGAAAUGUCGGAACGUUAAUCUUUUCUUCUCAACCGAUGUUGAAACUGCUAUUCGAGAGGCUGACUUAAUUUUCAUUUCUGUGAACACACCCACAAAAACAUUCGGAAACGGGAAAGGAAGAGCAGCAGAUCUGAAGUACGUUGAAAGUGCUGCGCGGCUAAUUGCAGAGAUAGCACAAAGUAAUAAAAUAGUUGUUGAAAAAAGCACAGUUCCAGUUCGGGCAGCAGAAAGUAUAAUGCAUAUAUUGAGAGCUAAUCAAAAGCCCGGUAUCAGAUACGACAUUCUGUCCAACCCAGAGUUUUUGGCCGAAGGCACGGCUGUUGAUGAUCUCUUGCACCCAGAUCGGGUACUCAUUGGCGGUGAAGAAACUUCAGAAGGCCAUCAAGCAUUAGAAAAAUUAUCCUGGGUCUAUCAACACUGGAUACCAAAAGAAAACAUCAUCACAACAAACACAUGGAGCUCAGAACUUUCAAAACUAGCUGCCAAUGCAUUUCUAGCACAACGCAUUUCAAGUAUAAACUCGCUUUCGGCCGUCUGUGAAGCAACUGGAGCAGAUGUUUCUGAGGUGGCACGAGCUGUCGGACUUGAUUCACGUAUCGGAUCGAAAUUUUUACAAGCCUCCGUAGGGUUUGGUGGAAGUUGUUUCCAGAAGGAUAUCUUGAACUUAGUGUAUAUUUGUGAAGGAUUGAAUUUACCCCAAGUUGCUGAGUAUUGGCAACAAGUCAUUCAUAUGAAUGAAUAUCAGAAAACUCGGUUUUCACAAAAGAUAAUUGAAUGUUUGUUCAACACUGUAUCGGAUAAGCGCAUUUCCAUUUUCGGCUUCGCAUUUAAGAAAAAUACCGGAGACACCAGAGAAACUCCUGCCAUUACCGUCUGCAAAACAUUACUGGAAGAAGGUGCCAAACUUGACAUUUACGAUCCGAAGGUAGAGCCGGAACAGAUCAUAGAUGACCUGACACAUCCUUGCGUCACUGAUUCCCCCGAAGAUGUGAAAAAGGCAGUGCAGAUUCAUAGUGACCCAUACAGUGCGGUUCGGGGUACUCAUGCUAUUGUUCUAUGUACGGAAUGGGAUGAGUUCAUUGGACUUGACUACAAAAGAAUAUUCCAAUCUAUGAUGAAACCAGCGUACAUUUUCGACGGACGAAAGAUCUUGGAUCACGAUCACUUGCAACAAAUUGGCUUCCACGUGCAAACAAUUGGAAAGAAAUUAAAUCGCUCUUCAGGGUUGUUGCGAUCUUGGGGAAGCAUUCCUCAACUGUAAAUUAUGUUUUCGUUAUGGAUAAUUUAUGUUAUUGCCGUGAAUUCUUACUUUCUUCAAAUUCUACAUUCUUUAGUCCAGUAUUAUUUUAUCUAUGUAUAUCACACCUGAAACAGGAGGACCCCAAUGCAAUAAUAUAGUUAUGUAUACAUAUAUAAAAAUCUAUCGUAAAAAUUUGAAUCGAAAUUUAUCUAGAGCGAAUAUUAAUAUGGUCGCAUUAUUAAUACUUUUUAGAUUUUGAUAGAAAACGUGCAAGUGACGAGUGGAGAGAAUAUUUCUGUCGAGAAAUUUGGAAUUUCAUUAAAUGAAAAUAAAAUAAUUAUAUUUUCCCUGAA